AUGGAUCACCUUCCAUAUUUCUCACUAGAGACUUGGGCACUUCUGAUUUUAUUCCUUGGCCUUCUGAUGUUAUACGGGGUCUGGCCUUAUGGAGUCUUCAAGAAGUUGGGCAUCCCGGGCCCGAUGCCUCUCCCAUUCAUCGGUACGGCCUUCGGGUUUCGUUAUGGAAGAUCCAAUUUUGAUAUGGCCUGUUAUAAAAAAUAUGGUAAAAUCUGGGGGACUUACAAUGGACGACGGCCCAUUCUGGCUGUAACUGACCCUGAGAUAAUUAAAAUUAUACUGAUAAAAGAGAGUUAUUCCACCUUCCUGAAUCGUGGGACUUUUGCUCCCCGUGGCCAGUUGAAGACAGCCAUUGUGAUAGCAGAAGAUGAGCAGUGGAAGAGGAUUCGGACAGUCCUUUCGCCCACUUUCACCAGUGGAAAGCUAAAAGAGAUGUUUCCCAUCAUUCAGAACUAUGUGAAACAUUUAUUAGCGCUUUUGCAGAAGAAAGCAGAUCGAGAAGAACUGGUGGACGUUAAAAAAAUCUUUGGUGCCUACAGUAUGGAUGUGGUCACAAGCACCUCUUUUGGUGUCGACACGGAUGCCAUGAACAACCCCAAAGACCCCUUUGUCCAACAGGCACAAAAACUGAUGACGAUUGACUUCCUUUCUCCACUGUUUAUUUUAUUAUAUGUUGCCCCAUGGAUAACCCCUCUUCUUGAAAAGAUGAAUGUAAAUAUCUUUUCCAAUGAGUCCGUGGAAUUCUUUGCAAGGUCCGUAACAAAACUGAAAGAGAAGAGGGCCCAAGAGGGUCCAAAGGGAAGAGUGGAUUUCUUGCAACUGAUGAUAGAAUCUCAAAACUCACUGACAAGCCAUGAGAUGAAUGGUUUGACUGACAGUGAGAUUCUGGCUCAAGCAAUUAUCUUCAUCUUUGCUGGUUAUGAGUCCGUUAGCAGCGCCCUCAGUUAUUUGACGUAUGAAUUGGCCAUCCAUCCUGACAUACAGCAAAAACUUCAGGAGGAGAUUGACGUAGUUUUGCCUAACAAGGCUCCAAUCACCUAUGAAGCUCUCAUGCAAAUGGAGUAUCUGGAUAUGGUCCUCAGUGAAACUCUACGAAAGCAUCCAGGCACCGGGCGACUUCAAAGAGUGUGCAAGAAAACCAUCAAAUUAAACGGAAUCACCAUCCCCAAAGGGAUGUUCAUUAUGAUUCCUCCCACCAUCUUGCAUUAUGAUCCAGAAUACUGGCCUGAACCGGAUCAAUUUAGACCUGAAAGAUUCAGCAAAGAGGUCAAGGAGAAGAUCAACCCCUACACUUACUUGCCUUUUGGAGCCGGUCCCCGGAAUUGUAUCGGGAUGAGAUUCGCUCUCCUUACCAUGAAGGCCGCCGUAGCCAGGUUGAUGCAGCAUUUCACCUUCCAGCCCUGUAAAGAAACUCAGAUCCCACUGGUGUUAGCCACAAAAGGGAUCUUCCGAAGACCUACAAAACCCAUCACCUUGAAGAUCAUUCACAGGACCUAA